AUGCGUUUCUGUAACGCCACUUUCCACAACAAGAUGGUGCAACAAGUGUCCUCAGCAGUUCUGUCUCCCAGUGACGAGAAUGAAGGUGACACCUGCACCAUCUGCUUCGAAGCGUGGACGACGGCCGGCGAGCACAGACUCGCCGCUCUGCGGUGCGGUCACCUCUUCGGUUACACCUGUAUCCAGCGCUGGCUGAAAGCUCAGAGCCCUUCUGCUAAAUGUCCGCAGUGCAACAAGAAAGCAAAGCGUUCCGACAUCGUGCUCCUGUAUGCUCCAAAACUGAGAGCGCUGGACAACACGGAGCAAGAGAGCUUAAAGAAGUCUCUGGAGCAGGAGCAGUCGCUGAGGAGGAAGGCUGAACUGGAGUCGGCUCAGUACAAAAUCAAACUGCAGGUCGUCACCAACAAAUACGGGCAAGCACAGCAGGAGCUGCAGGAGCUGAGAGCCCUCAUAGCCGAGACGAGGAGGAACCUCUUUUCUUCCACGUCCUCGUCCUCCUCCCAUGUCCUGAGCCUGUCUCAGAGGGCGGACGGCUCCAGGUCAGCUCAGUACAGCUUCUCCAAGGCGGUGUUGGUGUCUCAGGCCGGAGGCUGCAGGGUUUUAUCGUACUGUGAACCUUUGAGCUGCCUGCUGGCCUCUCAGCCGUCGCCUCACACCACGCUGGUGCCCGGGUGCGGGGUAAAGAAGGUCAGUGUGGUGAACAUGAGGGCGAGUCAGUACGUUCCCAUCCACAGCAAACAGAUCCGAGGUCUGUCCUUCAACAGGCAGAACGACAGCCUGCUGCUGUCGGCUGCAUUGGACAACACUAUCAAACUGACCAGCCUGCUGACCAACACGGUGGUUCAGACCUAUAAUGCGGGUAAACCAGUGUGGAGCUGCUGCUGGUGUUUGGACAACAGUAACUACAUCUACGCCGGCCUGAGCAACGGCUCUGUGCUCAUCUACGACACGAGAGACACCAGCACGCACGUGCAGGAGCUCGUGCCGCUGCGCUCCAGAUGUCCGGUGGCGUCUCUGUGUUACGUCCCGAGGGCAGCGUCCAGCUCGUUCCCAUGUGGGGGGCUCCUUGCUGGCUCUCUGGAGGGCGCGUGUUUCUGGGAGCAGGUGAACGAGGCCACCUACAGGCCUCACGUCCUGCCCCUGGAGACCUCUGGCUGCACCGACAUCCAGGUGGAGACGGAGAGUCGACACUGUCUCGUCACCUAUAGGCCCGGACGCUCCAAUCCGUCUCUGCGCUGCGUCCUCAUGGCGCUGACUCGAACCCCUCAGCAGGAGUCGAGCGAGCUGCCCAGCUGUUCCUGCGAGCCGGUGCAGACGUUCAAUGCCGGCUCGUCCUGCAAACUGCUCACCAAGAACGCCGUCUUCAGGAGUCCGGACGGAGGCGGGACGCUGGUCUGCGCCGGGGACGAGGCCUCCAACUCCACUAUGGUGUGGGACGCCAGCAGCGGCGGUCUGCGCCAGAAGCUUCCGGCCGACCUCCCGGUGCUGGACAUCAGCCCGUUUUCUGUGAACGGCGAGCACUUUUUGGCAUCGCUUACGGAGAAAAUGCUGAAGCUCUACAAGUGGGAGUGAAGCGGGAGGAGUGGGUGAACGCGACAAGAGCAGAAAACCAAGAGACAAACUUCAGUCCCACGAGGAGAGGACGCCGUCUGUGAGGAACUGUGGGAAAUUUAAUGCUGCUAAACUUUUACCUGUGCGUUUACAUCGCUGAACAGGUUACUGCGAGUGAUCGGACUGAGGAAGCGUUUCACACUCAUCGCUUCUUCUUUUUGAAGUGAUUCAAAUUACGCAGGCGGAUCAUUUCUGUUCACCAUAUGAUUGUGAUUUCAGGAGCCAAAGAUCAGAUUAAUAAUGUCUGUGUGUGAAAGAAAACAUGAAUGUAGCCCAAACUCCUCUGUCUUUGUCAUGAAAGUGAGUUCGGUUAGUUCAAGCAGGACUUUCCAACACCUGAUGCUAAAUUUAUGAGAUUUUCCCCAAAAAUUCAACAUAAGCCCCCCUUUUCUUUUCUUUUUCUUGUCCGCCUUUUUAAAAAUGUCAGGUUUUCAUUUCUGUCAAACUCUGUCCAUCUCUGUGGCUCGUUAUCGGAGUCGGAUUUUAUUUAGCCCUCUGACGCGGAUCACAAAGUGCCAAAGUAAUCUGCUGUCGUUUAAACGUUUACUUUCUUUGUCUUUUUAAAGGAAGUUGUAUAUAUGUAUAUUUGCUACCAGUUGUUUGUGUACGCCUUCAAAAGUUAAUAAUAAAAAUGUGUUAUUUUUAAAUAAAGUCAAAAUGUUGGAUUUAAA